AUGACCACAAGCAAUGAGCUAUUAGAGAUGAUCGAAUUGAACGUGUUAGCAAGCAGAUUUAAAAACGAAUUCACAAGAAAGAGUCUUCUAUUUUAUGCUACGGAUAUAGAGUUGUUCUACGUAAAUCAGUGGUCUUGGAACCAGUUCGUCUUCAUAACAAUCAAAAGCAGUCUGGCCAUCUACUCCGUCAUCUCGUUAACCAUCAUGGCCGCCGUGAAAGGCGCACGACAGCUGAGAUUCCUAACUAACUUCACCUACCUUAUAAUGACAAUUUAUUUUGUAAUGUCAGCGUUUAGAGUCACCAGGAGGGUGUAUGUUAUAAGGAGGAGAAAAAGAGAAGAAGCGAAGAGGUUCAUGUUCUUGAAUGAAGCAAGAGAUCUCCACACCUAUGAUACCGGCACAUCAGACAACAGCUCAAGAACCUCGCUAACCUUAAAAAAUAUUAACAAUUCUCGCAACAAAAACUUAUCCAUUAAUAGAAAUGAAAUGGAAUUGAUUACAUCAAAAGAUUCAAGAGGAAAACCCAAGCAUCAACAGAACAAAUACAAACCAAAAAAUAAUCAUAAAGAUUCAAAAGGGUCUAGUGAAUCAGCAAAUUUGUACGUACCUCAUGCCAAAGUUCGAUCCUUAUUCGGAUUCAAAACAGUCAAGAAACGCAAAAGUCCUCCCGAACAGAACAUUAUUCAAACACGCCCAGCUGCUAACGAACCACCGACAAACAUUCUUCCAAAAAAUAAAUUGAUGGACAAUGCAAAAAGACAAUCGUCUCCUGAAAAUGUGAGUGUAAAAAGAACAUCACCUGAUAAUUUCCCACAUCUCAACAAUCUACAGAGAGAUCCAAAACUACCCCCUGAUGCAGGGGGAGGACGAAGAAGAACUUCGCCUAAUCUACAGAAAAGCAACAAUCGAAGAGAUGAUAUAACUGGCAUAAUGCACCUCUCAAACACGAAUAGCAAUUAUGUUUUGAAUGAUUUAGAAAGAUAUUUACUUUAUCUUGAGUGGUUUUUCAGAAAUGUUGUAUACACUGAAGCGUUAAUAGUGACAGUUGGGUUCUACGGUGUACUGAUACACAUUAACCAACAACUACCUCGUUUAACGUUGUACGAUAUACACUUCCACAUGCUGAAUGUCGUGUUUGUAUUCAUCGACCUCUUCAUGUCAGCACACCCCAUCAGAUUUCUCCACUUUGUAUGGAUCUACUUGUAUAGUGGUGCAUAUAUUUUAUUCACCUACUUCAUAUUUUCUGUAUACGGAGUCGUUCUAUAUCAAAAUCUCGUUGAUUGGGACAAACCAUACCAGACCUUAUUCAUUAGCCUCAUAUACGUCUUUAUUGCCAGUUUAAUUUUCCAUUUGUUCAUUUGGCUUUUGUAUUGUCUAAGAAUCGCAAUUUACCUUAAAGCUAAGGUAGGUUCGACAGUGGAAAUGAACCAAGUUGCCACCGAAGAACAAAGAAGAUCAAGAUCUUCCAAGUAG